AUGACAACACGCAACCUAAACGGCAAUUGGAUUGACACUCUCCGACGGCAAUACGUCUACGACCUGAAAGACGACUCUCCCCAUCCCAUUAAAUACCUUCUUUACAACCCCCACAAGAAGCAAGACUUGUACUUUGUUAUCCCCAACAAGAUCGAAGAGCCGCAACUCAGACGCUCUCUUGUCAAGUACCACCUAUCUACCAAGGCAAACAUGAAGUUCACCCUUGCCACCGCUCUUCUUCUCCUCGCUCCCGCGCUUAUCAAAGCCUGGAAAUUUGAGGUCUUCGAAGAAGACUGCAUCACCUCUACUGACUUCAACGAGGGAGACGACGAUGUAGAGUGUGAGGAUACGGCGGAACCGCACGGCUGUUUCCGCAUCUCCGAAAUGGGUAGCUGCGAGAUCUUCUUCCAUGCCGAUGCUGAUGAGUGUGAGGAUGGUGAGGUUACCAUGUCGUACACGGCUACGGACCAGGAUCGCGAUAUUCAGCCUGACUUUGAGUGGAACAACUGGAGCGUUCAGUGCUAA